AUGGCCGAGCCAGUUGAACCCAUACAGAAGAGACGCCUUUUGAGGAUGACCGUGGCACAUUACCGUCAGCCGAAUGUCAGUGAGGAAGACUUCCAUCACUGGGUCACCGAGAAACACGCUACACAAGCAGCAAAGCUUCACGCAAAAAAUGGCAUCGAAGGAUUCUCUAUAUACUUUGCUCCCAAGUCUUUUCGCAAUGCCACGGCUGAGCUCAAUGCGAAACGCGGAAGCCCAUGGGUUGUCCGUGACUACGAUGCUCAAGUCGAGUUCCUGUUCAGAGACAUGGAGACGUUUUAUAAGGGAGCGUCUGAUCCCGACUUUCAAGCACUCCAGGCCGAAGAGGAGCCAUAUAUAAGUGGCAUCCGUGCGGAGAUUAGUAUCGGCUGGAUAGAGACGUAUGUAAGCGAAGGGAGGGUGGUGAACGUUGGUGAUGAUGGUAAGCCUAUGUAUCCAACAUUUAAGGAGUUAAAUGUUGCCCCAUAA